AUGCCACCGAGUACGAGCCCGCUUCCCCCGCCCCGAAUCGCCGCCCGUGUGGGAGAAGCCCGCGGGACGCCGGGGCCGGCAGCGCUGCAGCCGGGGUUGCCGUGCCAACGGCGGCGGGGCCGGCCCAGACCGGAAGGUGCACCUGCCCCGAGGGUCUGCGACAGUUCCGAGCACGUGGUGUCGGGCCCUGGAGCGCCGCUUCCCCCCGUCGCCGUGACCGGCGCUCCCGGAGACCACACAAUGCUGCCCGGGGUACGUGCUCCAGCCCCCCCCCCCGCCCCGCUCCCGGCGCUGGCCGCACGCCAACGGCGCCUCGCUCCUCACAGGACCUGGAACUUCCGCGCCCCGAGGGCGGAAGCGGCCCGGACGCCACCCGGCCGCCGCCGCCGGCCCCCGAGGCUGCAGCCCACGCCCCGCGCUCCGGACCGCCGCCCGGCGGGGAAGGACGCGCCCCAGCCCGGCAGGGAGGAGAGCGGCGGCUCCGGACCAACCCCCACCCCCGCCCCCACACACAGGAAGGCUCGAGGCCCCCCGGGCGCCGCCCACCCGGCCCGGCCCGGCCGCCGCCGCCGCCGCCCGCACGCCCCUGAGGAGCCGCCACAGGACCCCGGCACGCCCGGGCCUUACCUUCUGUGUGGGCCGGGCUCGGCUCGCGGAGACAACAGCCGUCUGCAGAUCUGGCGCCGCGUUCAAUGA